AUGGCAAGCCCAAAAGUCACCGAGGCAUUAGCCCAGGUGCAGUCGUCUCCAGACCCAGCAACAGCCUUCGAAAGCCUCCUCACCAACUUCCAAUCCAUAUCGACGCCGCAGACCGCAUCAAGCGACUUCAAGGCCACCAUAGAAGCCAUCACAAACAGCCAGAUCUCCUCGCAGCUCGGCGUCGUCGCCCAGCGCUCUCUCCUCAACUCAUUCAUCGCCGCCGCGAGAGCAUUCAACAACGCAGACCUAUGGGUUGACAUCGCCAACCACGCUCUCGAGACACUCUCCGCUGCCAGCGGCCAGGCUUCUGCAUCAGUCUCCACCGCAACAUCGGCAACGACCUCGGGUACUUUCGCCGACCAAGUCGCUGCCCUACUUGAGCUCGCUGCCGACGGCUACGAGACCAACGAAGAUAACGUAGCAGCCGCCCGCGCGCUCUCCGAGAUCCCCCUCGACAGCUCCCAGCGCCGGGUGUCGCCCGAAGACCGCGUUCGGGUAUGGAUCCGCAUCGUGCGCAACUACCUCGAAGUCGACGAUACCACCGCCGCCGAGACCUACCUCAACAAGCUCAAGAACGUCAUCUACCAGGUCACCGACCCGACUCUCAACCUACAUUUCCGCCUCUCGCAGGCCCGCAUCCAAGAUGCCAAGCGCGAGUUCCUACCCGCCAGCCAGGCCUACCACGAAAUCAGCCUAUCGCCCGCUAUUUCCGAGGACGAGCGUCUGCACACUCUCAGCAUGGCCGUGAAAUGCGCCAUCCUAGCCCCCGCCGGCCCCCUGCGCAGCCGCGCCCUGGGACGGCUAUUCAAGGACGAGCGCUCGCCGAACCUGCCCGAGUUCGGCAUGCUGGAGAAGAUGUUCUUCGACCGACUACUAGCAGCGAGCGAGGUGCAGAAGUUCGCCGAAGGCCUUGCGCCUCACCAGUUAGCGACGACAGCAGACGGGUCCACGGUGCUAGCUCGUGCCGUCGUAGAACACAACCUGCUAGGUGUCUCGCGACUAUACAGCAAUAUUGGGUUCGACGCGCUAGGCGAGCUGCUGGGAUUGGCGGCUGAUCGUGCCGAGGACACGACUGCCAAGAUGAUAGAGCAGGGCCGUCUCGUGGGCCGCAUCGACCAGAUAGAAAGAAUAAUCUGGUUUGAGCGUGGCGAAGCUUCGGGCGAGAAGGGUAGCGGUCGCGCCGAAGUAACCGUAGGAAAGGAGAUGCGCCGAUGGGACGCCAACGUUCAGAGCCUAGCCGAAGAGGUCGAAAACGUGACCAACGCGCUGCAACGCGAGUUUCCGGAAUUCGUCGCGGCGAAUCUAGUAGUAUGA